UUUAACGUUCCAUUUCCCAAAGACAAACCAAAAUGACAAAAGCAGAAAGUGAGGUCCGUCAAGACAAGGGCAGCUCGCGGUUGGGGACGUACAUGCUACAAGGCUGGGUUCUUACUGACGAGCCGUGUCCCGUUCCUGGUUGCAACAUCCCGCUGGUCAGAAGUAAAGAUCGUGCAAGGAAACUAUGUGUCCUCUGUGACGACCCGGAGCACCCUCAUCCACCGCCGAGUGCAAAGCCUGAGAGCAAUGUAGAAACGACAUCCGUUGUAAAUGAGAUUACGGAGGAGGAAGAGGAGGAAUUGGCGAAUAUUUUAGCAGAAGAAGACCGAACAACGCCGUCCAAUCAAGUCGGCGAAACUCAAGAUCAGGAGUUUGCACGAAUUAGAAGAGAGCAAGGAAACAAAGCCAGCAGACUGCUGGGACAGAAGAUGCUAGCUGGUUGGACGCUUCUCGAUGAGAAUUGUCCCAAUGGCACAUGCUACGGGGUACCCCUUGUGCGAAACCGGCAAAAGCAGAAUUACUGUGUUAUCUGUGAGCGUAGCUACGUGGAUGGACAAGAAGUUGUUAGAAACCCGCCGAAUAGUCCGCCCGCUCCUCAGCCUUCCGCAGCUAAAGAACUUACGAACGAGCCAGGGCCCUCCACACCUGUGUCGAGAUUGGAAGAGGGUCGUCCGUCUCCUAUUCCGGUACCGGAAAAAACACCCCGAAGCGAUGAAGAGCGAGAAGAUGUGUCAAAGAGAAGAAAAUUAACCACUAGGCCCGAAAAUAUUCCCAGAUCGGGGGUUGCCAGCGCUACAGGAGCUGCCGAGCAGGCUGCCCUCACCAUUGUGGCACUCAGCAAACGCUUGGAAGAUUUGCGUGGUAUACUGGAGGGCGUGACAAACCCGGAUGAGUCCCGAGUACUGUGUGAUGCUAUAACGAGCUGUGCAAAUGCCAUCGUGGCUUGCCAGGCAAUCAAGAAGUUCUAGCUUCGGGGAGUUUGUAGGACCUGCAACUUUGCGCAUAGAGCGAGAGCAGCGUAGUUCGUAGCCUUUGGGUCUGUUACAACGCGCAUUGUGGCGAUAUACCAAUUCGAAGCCUUGUCCUUCGCAUUAGACCAUGAUAACUACCCG